AUGGCAGCCGCAGCUGCCACGCAACAGUCGAUGAGGGGUCUGCCAAGCGGAUUCCGCGUGUGCUCCACCGCACCGGACAUCCUUUAUGUACCUGAACUGAUUUGUGGAGGGCUGGUGUGGAUCCUGGUGGCUUCCACACAUGUGCAGCCCAACAACCCACUGGGAUGGGUCAUGUUUGUGUCUUUAUUUUGCUUUUUAAUGACCUUCCUCUGGUUAAUCACAUUUGCCUGUGGGUGCCUCAAGAAAAGCAGCAUCUGCCCUUUGCUGGACUUUCUUUAUCAUCUGAUUGCUGCAAUGUUCUACCUGAGUGCCUCAGUUCCCCUGGCCAAUGUGACCAUCAACAUGCAAAAUGCAACUGCUGUUGCGAUAUAUCCCUUUAACUACUACCAGAUCGACAUUGCGGCCGUGGUACUCUCCCACAUUACCACAUUGCUCUACUUUAUCCACUGCAUCCUUUCUGCUUGUCGAUGGAAAUCUAUUUGUUGUUAAAAUUAAGCAUCAACAGAGAAAGUAACUUUUGUAAAAGUGCUAAAUCUGGAAGAGAUGAAUCUCAGGGCUCAGUCGUGACUAAGAGAUCCCUCCAGUCAGAAACCCAAAGCUUUUAUUCAGCACUUAACUUAAUAGAAUUAACCCAUUUUAUACUAGAUUACUUUUUACUUUACUAUUAACGACAUGUGUUGUAUAUAUAAAACGUUUUCUCUGAAAUC